GUGAACUGCAUGGGCCCAGUGGGAAGUGGGCAGCCAUUUUAUGUCCUACAGCAAACAUAAACAACUGCCUAGUAAGAACUGGGGCUCCACGUCUAAGAGCACACGGCAUAAAAGGCUCGAGCAGAGUACCGAAAAGAGAGGAGAAUGCCUGGGCUCUCUUCUAAAGAUGCGGCUGCCCAUAUUCCAUCACCUGUUUGGGUUAACCACACACCUACGCCAGAUAACUUGACAGAUGAUGAGACCAACUCCACCGACCAUGCAUCCAGCACUCCGCCGUAUGACGAAAAACAGACUAAUGACAACAAAGGGAAAGUGAAGGACAGACUCAAAUCCUUCCUCCCUCAGUCAUGGGACAGCUUCAUCCUGAAACUGAAAAAGAGAAAGGACUCCAUUAAUGAAAGUGAUGCAAAUUCCACUGAGAUCAAGAUUCUCCCGAAUGGGACCAGGGUGAGUCCACCUGUUAGUCCCCUAGUAGACCGCAGGCGCCUGGACAACCAGGCUGGAUCAUUGGGAGGCUCUAGCUAUAACUCCAGCAAGCCUUUAUUGUGGGACAGCCCCACUGACAAUAACCCUUUUCACCAGGACCAGCAAGAAGAAUCGAUACUGACCAGUAUCCACCCUGCAGAGUACUAUGCAGCGAAGUUGGAAGUCUAUCAACUGAAGUACUCUUAUUUGAAAUCCUGGCCUGGGUUGCUCAGACUCCUCGCCGGAUUCGAACUCCUGUUUGGCGGCAUGGUUUUCGCCUGUGUCAUUGCCUACAUACAGAAAGACGGUGAGUGGUCCAACUCCUAUGGGCUCUAUAAUGGAAUAUACAACAACGGGAUGGGUGUAUCUGGGUAUUCCUACCGUGGCCCUAUGACUCCCUUCAUCCUCGCUGUAGCCGGAGUCUCCUGGAUCAUAACCGUAAUUCUCUUGGUAUUGGGGAUGACCAUGUAUUAUCGCACUAUUCUCCUCGACUCUUCCUGGUGGCCUCUGACGGAGGCCUUCACCAACGUGGCACUGUUCUUGCUCUACAUGGCAUCAGGGGUUGUGUACCUGAAUGACCUGAACCGCGGAGGUCUGUGCUACAUGACGAUAGGCAUUAACCCCAUCAUGGCCAACUUGUGCCGGGUCGAUGGAGGCCAGAUGGCGGGCACGUCUUUUAUCUUCAUCAAUAUGCUGAUGUAUUUAUUGAGCUUCCUAAUAAGUCUGAAAAUGUGGAGGCAUGAAACUACGCGUAAGGACAGGGAACGCUUUGGAUACAAGGAAGAGCAUCCUCCCUCCAUCCCACUGGGCCCGACCAGGGCGAAGAGGAUCGCGUUUGAGGACGACGUGGACAGGUGUCAAAGCAAAGAGCCAAAAAAUCAGCACACACGCGUUGAGUUCCAUGGUGAUCCGGCUCUCCAGAUCAGACCGGUUGUUCCAGGACACGCCCCUCAAAUGAAGCUCGUAGCGGACUACGUUAUAAAAUAUCCGGAGAUCAGCUCUACGGAGGAAAGAGAGCAGUACAAGGCUGUUUUUAAUGACCAGUAUCAGGAAUACAAGGACCUUCACAGAGACGUCACCACGGCCCUCAACAAGUUCAGGGAGCUGGAUGUUAUGAUGACUAAACUUCGUACAGAUGGCAGCAGGAGGGAGGAGAGGAGACGAGUGCAGAUCAUUUUGAAGAAAUAUGAAGAGAAGAAAAAUGACCCCGUUUUCCUAGAGAAAAGGGAGCGCUAUAACUAUUUGAAAGCUAAAUUAAAUCACAUCAAAAACAGGAUCCGCAGUUUUGACCAGGACACCGUGGAAAACACACACACCAUACUCAACAGCACGCAGUACGACAGCCCUCCUGUGUACACCCCCCCUUACCGCACCAUGUCCCACGACUUCUACUCCCCGAGGAGUGUGCAUGCUCCCCGAAGUGACUAUGUCCCCUAUUCCUAUAAUCAACCUCCAGACUUGCACUUCUUGGACGAGAAACCUCAGCACUUCUACCGCUGGUUCUCCCCUCCUGGCUUCGUCAAAACCUUCCAGGGAGCCACGGUCAUCAUGUGUUUCCUCAUCUUUGCCUGUGUGGCAUCAACCUUAGUGUGGGACAUGCAUGGAUUGGGUUAUGGGGGCUAUGGUGUUGGGGCCACAGGGGCAGAUGCUGGGGGCACGGGGUCAGGGUACUAUGGGGGCAGCUAUGGCUAUUCCAGUGCCUACAUGACACCCUACUCUGCCAAGUCAGCCAUGAUCUCAAUGGCGGCCAUCAACUUCCUCGUUUCGCUGGGGUUCCUCGUGGGGAGCUUCUCACGGUCAAGUGCCAUGCGGGGACGGAGAUUUUACCUCAUUUUGUUCACCUGCGACAUCAUCCUGGCUGUCCUACAGGGCAUCAUUGACAUCGUCUUUGUGAUUGGGGUAAACCCUAUGUCACAGAGUUCACAGAGCAUGCUCUACAACCCCAUGCUGAUGAUGUGUCAGAACAUCCAGGGCAGCCCAAGCCUCAGUGGCAGCAUUGGGGCAGGCUUCCCAGGGGGGUUCCCGAUGUACAACCAAUACCUACAGCACUACUGCUACAUGGACCCGGAGGAGACGGUUGCAUUUGUGUUGGGCCUGAUGGUAGUGUUAGCCCUUGCCUUGGCUGCUUACUAUGCCUACAAGACCCGCAGCAAAAUAUGGCGCCAUGGCAAACACAACAUCUAUUGGGACCAGCCUGUGGUGAGGGACUCACAGGGGCACAAUAUACAGGAUUGGGUGCAGCAUGUUGGCGAAGGGCGUAGCACCCAGAAGGCGCCCACUGUUGUCUUGUCCGAGAGGGUGAUGCCUGAGCUGAGGGCUGAAAACAGCGUGGUCCCCUAUGACAGAUCCGUCAGCGUCUACAGCGAGGGCACCUACAGUGGAGACACUUACACUAUCAACACCAGCAACAGCCAUGGUCCUGAGCCUCUGUACCAAAAUACCAAGGUCAUGGCAAGUUUUAGUUGCUUCUCAGAGGAGACUGACAGCAUCGAGAAACCUCCUCAGCAGGCAGAGAGGGAAUGCAGGCAGGACCGUGAGCGUUGCCCCAUUGGUCAGGAGGUAUUUGAGUUCCCAUGUGGGACCACCACUGAUUAUGCCACCGCAGCAGACACUGGGAACGAACUUGACGGGGACCAGCGACACAACCUCUUCAGGCUGUACCCAGAGAUAACUUCGGACCAGCAGCGCCGUCAGUAUAAGAGGGAGUUUGACUCCGACCUGGCCCACUAUAAGAUCCUCUGUGCCGAAAUGGAUGACAUCAGUGACCAGAUACACAAGCUGAGCCGAGAACUGGAUUUACUGGAGGAGGACUCCAUGAAGUACCAGGGCGUAGCAGAUGAAUACAACAGGCUAAAAGACCUGAAGAGGGCGCCAGACUAUCAAGAAAAGAAGAGGCAGAGCAAAGAACUUAGAGAGAAACUUUUCCACAUCAAGCGACUAGUGAAGAACUAUGACCAGGGCCUUUGCUAAACUGGGUGUCCUCCUGCGGCUCUUGUUCAUCACAACAAACAUCUGGAGAUGGCAGCAGCGUCUGAGGAACCGAGGUCAGUCCAGCUUUUACACAGCUCUCUGAUCUGAUAUGGAGCCAAUGAAAGCACUGCAGAGUGGACAUGUUCAGUUCACUUUAUGUGGUCCAAGAUCUCUGUUUUAUUCCUCUGAUAUGUACAUUCAGACUCUUCUCAUCCUGGCUCAGCCUGUCCCUGGCUCUACCUUGUUCAGUGUUUAUGCUUUAUUUUUUAACUUAUUACUUCUCAGUUUGUCAGAAAAGAGUGGCCACAUUACAAAGGAUGUGAUAAUGAAAAUGACUGACUUUUUUUUUAUGAAUUCAAUUUGACUGAGCCCUUAUCAGCUGGGGCUUUGCUAAACACCACACAAGAUCACUGGUUUGGGGACACUGCUCAUAAGGAUGAGGAACACUGGAAGAAAGAAAUGGCGCCUUAUGAAUGGGGAUUUUACAGCGAUUGUGAAUACGAUGUGGGAUAGUAGCCUUCAUGGUCAGCGUUAAAUUGGCUGUAGUAGGUGGCCUUUGUUGGUGCUCAGAUUCGAGGUGUCAUUUGUCGUUUUCACUGUGGAGAAUGUCUUCAGUUUGACAAGUAACUUGCUUUGGGUCAUAUUCUUGUUAUUUAAACCCUCCCAGAUGUAUUUGUUCUUUAUAAUUUUUUUGGUAAUGUCCAUCAUGACCAUGCAAGCAUUGUUUCUUUCUUCUUGUAACACAAGAAUUUCCCAAUUUGGGAUCAAUAAAGAACAUC